ACUCAGCCGCUGAGCCACACCCGGCUAGGUCACAAUAACAUCCAGUAGCAUGGAAUAGUUACAGAACUUGUUGCAAUGAUAUUGAAGAUAUUUUUUCCGUUUGUUUGCUAAUCCUCGCUUGAGGAUGUUUUUUCCACUGCUUUUCAGAGUGGACUGGAGGGGCGAUAGAGAAACAGAUUUGAGGGAGACCCAUUGACUGAUCACCUCCUUCCCAUGCCCCAACCAGGGGUGGGGAGUGAACCCUCGACCCUCUAACAGUGGAGCUGCAGUGGCCAGGGCAUGAAAAGAUUUUUUUUUCCUUGCCUAGGAAUUAACGUGUAUUUGGUGCUAGAUACUGUGGUUUGUUGACUUUAAGAUGAAAAAGGAAAAAUGUGAAGCACAGGGCACCCUCUUGUGGUGACCAUAGCAAUUCAGAAAACUAAAAAUGGAAGCUCUUUCUGAUAGGAACCCAACCUGGGGGUGGGGGGAAUCAUUUGUGAUACAUGUUAUGGCCCCUGGAAGAAUUGUUGCAGACUACUAAAUAUUUACAUAUUUUACUUCAUUUUUUCUUACCUGACAGGUUCCUUUUCCAGUGUGGUGUCACUUAUUGUGUCCUCAGUGGCAAGUAAUUUGACUGCACCCAUGUUUCCCUUGUUAGGUAGUUACAUAGCUUGGAACUCUCAGAUUCCUUUCUCAGGUCAAGAUACUUAUUUUCAUUGGGGUUGAAUGUUCCCUGUCAUUUUUCAAUUUAGGUGUUAUAAGUAGUUGAAUAACCACUGAUUAUUUUCUGGACCUGAUUGGUUUAUGACUUCAGAAGAAACAAUGGAAAGCCAAGAAUUUAUUGUACUGUAUACUCACCAAAAGAUGAAGAGGUCAAAAGUGUGGCAAGAUGGGAUUUUGAAGGUCACUCACUUAGGAAACAAAGCAAUUUUAUAUGAUGACAAAGGAGAAUGUUUGGAGAGUUUAUUUCUGAAGCACCUUGAGGUGAAACCCGGAGAUGGCUUAGAAGGUGAUCGAUAUUUAAUCACAGUGGAGGAGGCUAGAGCUGCUGGAAGCAUGGCUGUUAACCAGGAGGCCAUCCAAGAAGCACCAGGGUACAAACCAAGGCGGGCCAUGCCCUCUGGCCGGUCCCCCAGAUAUCAGCCUCCCGGUUUGAAAAGGAAGUAUGCUGGUUUUCAAGGACCAUGUCAAGUGCCAAAGAAAAUGGCUAUUGUGGAAAAUGGCGAGUCAGCUGUAUCACUUGAAGCUGUUACCCCUGGUCCUGCCUUUCUCUCUCCAUUCUUGAGCACCCCUCCUUUAUUUUCUGCUGCUGCCAAGAAAGAAGUAAACAGGAUGCCAGCAGAGCCCAAGAACAUUGUCGUCUAUGAAGACACAGGGAAAAAUGGCCCACCUCUUUCUUACAUAGGCUCUGCCCUGUCUUCCCGGAGUAACCCAGAGGUGCUGUGGGAAGAGCGUCAUCUUGGCUCCCCUGUCAGCUCUGCAGACAAGCACGCCAUUUCUUUACUGACCGACAAGCCCACAAAAGGACAUAGUUUGGACCCUCACUGUUCAGGAGUUGCACAGAACAUCAGGAGCAAAGCACAGAUCCUAGCUCUUCUGAAGUCCAAAUCAACCAGUAUGUCCAAGGAAGUGGACUCUGAGAUGUUAGGACAUGUCCUUCACGUACAACCACAAGGAAGUUUACAAGUUCCUCCUAAACCACAGUGCUCGAUUGAGUGUGCUGAGAGGAGAACAGAAAGCUUACAGUCCCAGCGACCACCAGAAAGCACCCUGAGAAGUACAAGCCGGUGGGCUAUGUAUUUAUCCUUACAGAGUUCACCUGUUCAUUCUGCUGUAGAUGGAAAUAAUCUAGACAGGAAGCCCAAGGUUCAAGGUGAUGACAUAAAUUUAAAUCAGAGAGACAUUUUGAUACAAAAAAGGAUACAGUUAUUUGAAACAGGUGCUGAAAAUGGGGAAAAGUGUAAUGAAAACAAGCUAGUAGAUACUACUGAUUCACCCUGGGAUCAGGAAGAAAAAUUGGAAAUUCCUUUGUUUUGUGAAAGCAACAGCUUACCCAUUACCUGUGGCAAUGUGGAAAAUGAUGGCUUAGUGUCAGAAUCUAACAUUCAAGAAAAUACUCCAAUACCUGUUAAUCAGAAUGACCAGUUGUGCAUAAAAGGAUCGAUUCCCAUUAGAGAAAAUGCUCAGGAGAUAAAUACAUGUGGAACAGCAGAAAAGGGGUACAAACGAACCGUGGCUUAUCUGCCAGAAUCGGAAUGUCUACAAAUUGAACCUUCACUGAGUAACAACUCUAAAAUCAAUGAUGCCAUCACUGACAUGUUUUCUAGAACUAAAACUGAUAAUGAAAGUCUUAGUAUUUGUGGACCGUUGAGUAAUGUAACACAACCAGUUUUGGAGGUAAAUUUUAAUCUGAACAAUUUUGAAACCAGUGACACUGAAGAGGAACCCCAGGAAAGCAACAAAAUGCCCCAGGAUCAAGCGGAUUGGGAAAAGGAGACCUUGGCUGAGGACCACUGUUCGGGUGUUCAGGGUAUGCACUGUGAGGAGGGCAGUGGUGCACCUUUGCCGCUCUCGGUGCCUAUUGGGGGUAAACCUACAGAGAUGUUUCUUACCAUGGAGACUGUGCCGUUACAGCUUUGUGGUCAGGCUGGACCCGCUGGAGGUGAAGUGGCAGAGUGCACUGACUCAGCUUCAGAGUGGACCGGGGAUGUGUAUACGGGGAACGGAGCUGCUGAUACACCUAUCCAAAAAGUCAGAAGUAGCUAUGAUUUUGCCUCAGUCCCAAAUAAAUGUAAAGGUAUAAACUCGAAUUUACACAGUCCUCAUUUUUUAAACAUAGACACUAAUCAGACUCCUGAAAGCAACCUGUUUUCAGAACAGACUGAACAUCAGUCUUUUAUUAUGAGCAGUGACUUAGACACAGAUGGCGAGCAGGCUUUACCGCGGCCCCCUGCCAGUGACAGCAGUACCCAACCAGGAAGCGGCCGUCAGAACCACUCUGGCGAGUGUGUUGCUCUUGAUAAAUCAAGCACCCAAGUUUCCAGUUCUUUGUUUUACCCUCUGGGAAGAAAGCAUCCUAUUUCCAAGGACACAGAAGCACACAUUCCUGAAUCUGAAGAUUUGGGAAGGAUUUCCAGUUUAUCCCAUGGCCAUGUUGAAGCAGAUACUGCUGGAGCAAGCAGGCAAUACUGGAGUAGUCCUCGGAAUUCUUCAGAGCCCUCAGGAUUAGCAAAUAGCAUUUCCCUUUUAAAGUCAUUGUCUGAACAUAGUACAGCUUUAGAAAGCUUGGAAAUGUUGAAAAAGAAAAAUACUUCCUUUAAACAACAAGGAACGCUGCAGACGCAUGAGCCGGAGAACAGCCCUGAAGCUGGGAAACCCUUGAUUCCAGUAGUUUCAAGAGCUGUUCCACAGUCUCCUCGUCUGAAUCAGGAUUCUCACCUGUGUUCUACUCCGAUGCUGAUGAAAGAAAAUGAAGUUGAGUCAGUUGAAUCACUGCAGUCUUCGCAGUUCUUUGCCUUGGGAGGUGAAGAAGGGACAGUUUUUCCAGCUGUUACUCCAAAACAAACAGAGAGAAACAUCUGGAGCCCUCAGCCUGUUGAGUUUCAAGGGCACCGAGUGCAAGGAUCCGUGACUAGUGCUGUGAUGGUCAGGGGACAUGGCUCACAGCUGGGCUGCAGCCAGGCUCCGGGGCACCUUGAGGGUGACAGCUACACAGCCGACACUCGUUCUUGGGCCAUGGAGCUGCCUCGCACCUGUACACAGGUUGACUUCUUGCAGGUAAAAAAUAUUUUUAUAGUUGCAUCUUGCCAAAUCAUUUUCUUUAUGCCAGUGCUAAAUGUUGUGAAGGGAGUAUUAUAAUCUCUGUACAGUUGUAAGUUAAAAAGGAGUUCAGGAAACUCACAAGAAGCAUAACAUCUCAGAUCAAACUAAAUAAGGCAAAAGUAUUUUAUUUGAAAGAUUUACUUUUUUGUUAGGAUCAGGAAUUUAAAGGAUUACUUUUCACUUCAGAGAAGACUAGGAAUUUAUGACAAGAGUGGAUAGGCAGGUUACAUUUAAUAGCUAAUAGAUUUGUUUUCUUCU